GUGGGCCACCCAGCCCGAGCCCCUUGCGAAGAAGCUCAUUGCCAAGACACUACCUCUCCCGAAGAGCGAGGCAGAAGCGCACAAGGUCUACCAGGUUUAUGGCAAGCCUCCCACAGACCCAGCCGCGCAGCGCCAGUACAAAGACGAGAUCAAGAGCCGCACGUACGAUGUUGCCAACCUCAUCUGUGCAGCCAGGCGGGCCAACAAGCCCUGCGACCAGGAGCUAACAGAAGUUGCGGCACUCAAGUUCCUGAUGGGAUUCACCGAGAAGCGCAAGGACCAGAUCCAGGCCCUCAAGGACAAGAAGACUACGUACAAGGCGGAGAUCGCCAAGACCGACGUCUGCAUAGCCGAACUGGAGGAUGCCCCAGACUCCGAGGACGAAGAGCCCGACGACGUGGCCCUCGACCAUCAGGCAGCGGACGGCCCAUCUUCGCACAAUGUGGCACCACCGCCACCCCCACCAGCAGCGCCUGGCAAUCAAAUGGCUCAGAUACAAGCACAGCUCGCCAUGCAGCAAAGCGUCAUCAGCCAGCUGUUGGGACUAGUGCAGCCAGCCGCGGGGCCAUGCAUACAGGGCGUCCCUGGAGUCCCUCCGCCCGUCACGGGCGCGGUCCUGCCACCGCCUCCAGCGCAUCUGAUCCAGCAGAUGCAGGCUAUCACGCAGGGCACUUUCCUUCCCCAGCAAGUUUUCAGCCAGCCUCAGCAGACCCAGCAAGUGCAUCAGGGCACGCCGGCGAGGUCCAAGUCGGCCAUGGGCCAAGCCUACAUGGCGGCGAAAGGGAAAGGCAAGGACGCCAGCGCAGCAGGGAUGACCCCAGAGGGGGCGGUAGCCCCCAUGGCAGUAGAUCAGAAGGGAGCACCGCCUACAACGGCGAACCUUGCAGCGCCGCCCCCAGCCCAGGGGCCAGCGCACCCGCCAGCCCCGCUCCCUGGAGGGCCAGGCCCCCGCAUAUCCCAGCACGAGCUGUCCCACGCCAUUGCGGCAGCAGAGGCCGCUGGGAUGGAUCAUCCGACCCCAGAGACGGGGGGCUACAAGGACCCAGCGACCAUCAGGGAGCUGCACGCCCAACUGGAGGCAGCAAGGGGAACGGGACCGAGCCAGGCGGCGGUCACCGUGCAGUCGUCUCCGACCCAGCAGGUCACACCGACCCCGCCAGCAGACUCGCAGCCAACCAUAAGCUCACAGCUGCAGGGGUUGGACAGAGUUGUGCAGGCCGCCACGGGCGCUUUCUUCCAGAAGCAGCGAGAACUCCAGGAGCAG